CCAAAAGUUGAAACUUGCGUUCCUUGCCUUCUCUCACCCAUCUUCUCCCAUCACUUAUACAUACAAACCCAUAGCCGUCGUCACCAUGGCUACGUUCGCGAGUCUUCCCGCCGAGUUGCGUAUAGAGAUCUGGGAUCUCGCGUUACAUCAAGAAGCACGCGAUCGCUUACUUAUAAUUGGCCAGACCAAGAAUGCCCCCAUCACCAAUGAGUCGCCGCUCUGUCUCCUACCCCUCAAGCACCACGCAAGCCCGCUGCUCUCGGUCAAUUCCGAGAGUCGCCAUCAAGCCAAGGCCUUCUACACAGCUAAGCUGGAUGUCUACGAAGUUCCUCGCCUCACCAAAGAAGACCUCGGACGUAACAGCAAAUGCUCAUACCAAGUGCAAUACAUCAAUAAAGCCAUUGAAACCGCUAGCGUGGUGAAGGGCUCUAUCUAUCUUAACCCGCGAUAUGAUUUCUUCGUCUCGAUUCGAGGUAUUGACACCUUCCCGUAUCCCCAGGAAGAAAAGAAGGGAGAAUUGCUCGACGAGCAACAAGGGGAUCAGGAAGCGCCCCGCCACUAUAUCACGGCGAGGAUACCACCAGAGAUCGCCAUGAAAGUCCGUAACGUCGUCUGUAUACAGAAGAACCUAGACAGAGACGACGACUUUUACGACUGGUGGUGGACAGACACGUACAUGGAGAAUCUGCUAUACAACCGGGAGGAACUCGUGCGAUAUCUCUGCGUCCCACCCUUCCGGCCCCGUUUAUACGGACCCGUUUACGUCAAAUACCUCUGGAGAGCUUCCGAUUUCAAGCAGAUCCAGAAUUACCUGCAUCUAUGGCUACCGCAAGAAGAACUAGAAAGUUUCAUUUCCAACGUCGUCAGAAACCGUGGUCGCGGCUCUUAUAACUUCCGGGAAUGGUCUCUACAUCCGCAUAAUCGUAUACCCAAGUUGGUAUUACUUGACCUAGGAGAAGAUCCACAGAAGCAAGAUGAAGAUUGUGCACCGGUUGAGGCACAAGCCAAGGCCUUGUGAUAGAGAAACUGAAACUGAGAUCAAUUAGUGCGAGUUGAUUUUGGAUUUGGUGUUUUGGGAUUCGGCUCAGCAUUC